AUGUCCGACGGAGCUCCCUCGCCCAUCCGGCGAUCUGCGACUCUGCCUACGAGGCUGAUGCAGCAAAAGCUGCAGUCCGGCGAAUCGCCGACCUCUAGACAAGCAUCCGAUGGCGCGCUCUUCUUCCAUCCUUCUGCCAAAAUCGUCAAAUUUGCCCCUGAUGCGCCUCCUGUCGCGGCGCAAACGACCCUGUCAGCCGAUUUAGACUAUCCUGUCGACACUAUCGAGACCCUUCCCUGGCGCUCGCCGGCGGAAAGGACUGUCGCUGUUGGACGUUUGAGGCUGGAAAUGGUCCCGGGACUGUCGCCUUUUCUCAAAUGUGGCAACGUGGUACAGGCGAUUCUGAGAAACUCGCAGUGUUGGUGUGUGGACGGAAUCUCGACUUUUGUCUUGCGCAUUCGCUCUCUCACCUACUACCGAAUCGAGCUCCCCAACAACGUGCCGGAGGAAGAGAAACUGAUCGAACAGUUCAAGGAGGCUUUACCGAAAGUGCUUCGAUAUGAAGUCACACCUUGUCCCUUUCAGCGAGGCUUCAGCGUGCCUUUGCCUGCAGAAGCUCACGCACCCAAGAAGAAGAAGAAGGCUUGGCGUCCAAAGGACCGCAGAGAAAGCGCUCCGGAUGUCUCGGGCGUGAGUAACGAAUGGCUGGGACCGAGUGACGCCGUGGACGUAUCGCAACGGCCCCGUAGCGCGGGGACAUCAGACGGGGAUGCCACGGACGAUAGCACUUCGACCACGACAACUAGCGCGCUCCCAGCGGAAUAUUUGCCUAAUGAUGCAGAGGAUUCUUCUUCGGUUGGUGAGGUUCAUGACGACAAAUCAGCAUACGCCAAACGGUCAAUGACUGAACCACCGCAGUCUAUGCACAACAUUCUUGCCAGGUUCCAGCCUAUUCCAGAGUCCGACAGCGAGGGUGAUGAUGAUGAUGAUAAGAUGUCUUCCAGUGGAGAUUCUUUUCAUUCUUUAUUGACACCGAAUUUUGAAUCUUCUUCAUCUCCGGCCUUUGCAAGUCCUCCGGAAUCACCGCUUAAUACAAGCUUUAAUACGAGCUUUCAAGAUCUAUCCGUUUCACGCCAACGGGCUCAUGGCCAUACUAGAGAUGUAUCAGAAGUCACCGUAACCGCCGAAGCGUUUUCUCUAGGAACCGAUAAUACGCCAAUACCUAAUAAAUCAACACCUAAUGACAGGCCUGCAUUGAAUUUCACCUCUCCGGACACCCCUCCCCCAGAGCGCAGUCUUCCUAGACUUCCAGACGCCUUUUCAACCGGAUUUCAAUCCAAUUUCGUCAAUCGCGACAUCAAAGAUCGAUCGAGUUUGAUAUCUCGCCAGCCGCAGUCAUCUGAACGGCGCAGUCUUUCUCCGAUGCCCUCUCCAUCUACCCUGGUAUCUAUACCGGCCGAUACUUCCGAAUCAGAUCUCAAGGCGUCUAUAUUUCGCAAGACAUGCGCUUUGGUUCUUGUUCCACCGCUUCAGCUUUUAGUACUUUUAAUCCAUAUUGCGGCGCAGAUUGCCGCCGGUCACACCGUGCAGACAGCCUUGGAAGACACCACCAAAUCCGACGCUGACGGGGAGGAUGACGACAGUGAUUUUGAGAUGCCAAAAACACCAGGACAUUUUCGCCGUUCGUUGAGUCUUGAGGACCCCACCGAUAGCCUGUCCGAUCUCGAAUGA